AGGAGAGUCGGUGGCUGCUGAGGGCUGAUCGAGUCUGAUCUCUCCGACUGAAGAGCGUGGCGUGGGACCCUGGUGUGGGCUUCACACACAUACCUCAGAAUGCCGGGUCUAAGUUGUGGAUUUUAUCAACACAAAUUUCCUGAGGUGGAAGAUGUAGUGAUGGUGAAUGUAAGGUCCAUUGCUGAAAUGGGCGCUUGUGUCAGCUUGCUAGAAUACAACAUCAAAGGCAUGAUUCUUCUGAGUGAGUUGUCGAGAAGGCGUAUCCGUUCUAUAGACAAACUCAUCCGAAUUGGCAGGAAUGAAUGUGUGGUUGUUAUUAGAGUGGACAAAGAAAAAGGAUAUAUUGAUUUGUCAAAAAGAAGAGUUUCACCAGAGGAAGCAAUCAAAUGUGAAGAUAAAUUUACCAAAUCCAAAACUGUUUACAGCAUUCUUCGUCAUGUUGCUGAAGUCUUAGAAUACACCAAGGAUGAGCAACUGGAAAGCCUGUUCCAGAGGACUGCCUGGGUCUUCGAUGACAAGUACAAGAGACCCGGAUAUGGUGCCUAUGAUGCACUUAAGCUUUCAGUGUCAGAUCCAUCUAUUUUGGAUAGCUUAGAUUUGAAUGAAGAUGAACGGGAAGUACUCAUUAACAAUAUUAAUAGGUGUUUGACCCCACAGGCUGUCAAAAUUUGAGCAGAUAUUGAAGUGGCUUGUUAAGGUUAUGAAGGCAUCGAUGCCGUAAAAGAAGCUCUGAGAGCGGGUUUGAACUGUUCUACAGAAACCAUGCCCAUCAGGAUUAAUCUGAUAGCUCCUCCUCGGUAUGUAAUGACUACAACCACCCUGGAGAAAACAGAAGGCCUCUCUGUCCUCAAUCAAGCUAUGGCUGUUACAAAAGAAAAAAUUGAGGAAAAGAGGGGAGUCUUCAGUGUUCAAAUGGAGCCCAAAGUGGUCACAGAUACAGAUGAGACUGAACUUCCAAGGCAGCUGGAGAGGCUUGCGAGAGAAAAUGCAGAAGUGGAUGGAGAUGAUGAUGCGGAAGAAAUGGAAGCCAAAGCUGAAGAUUAACUUUGUGGGAAACAGAGUCCAGUUUAAGGAACACAAAGCAGCCUUCCUGGCUAUAAACCCUAGACUUAAAAGUUUUCCAGUAUCGAAAACUUCAAAGCUGA